AUGUCCGGGAUUGCAGCAUCUGUCACAGACACUUUAGGGAACAUCAAGCCAUGGUUCCAAAAAGUUACCACCCAAGCGAAGACCACUGAUUCGAAGUACUUUACAACUACGAAAAAAGGAGAAAUAUUUGAGCUUAAGGCCGAGCUGCACAGUGAAAAGAAAGAAAAAAGAAAAGAGGCCGUUAAGAAAGUAAUUGCCAGUAUGACUGUCGGCAAAGACGACUGUGAUGAUCCCAAUCCCCUGAUACGCGCUUUAGCUGUCCGUACUAUGGGGUGUAUUCGUGUUGAAAAGAUAACUGCCUAUCACUGCGAUCCACUCCGCAAAUGCCUAAAAGACGAGGACCCUUAUGUGCGCAAAACGGCCGCGAUUUGUGUCGCAAAACUCUACGACAUUGAUCCAACCCUAGUAGAAGAUAGUGGAUUUCUGGAACUUCUGAAAGAUCUUCUCAGUGACAGCAAUCCUAUGGUUGUCACAAAUGCAGUUGCGGCCAUCUCGGAAAUCUUAGAAACAACUCAGUCCGAGGCUGCUAUGAACAUUCUAAAGAUUGACCAACACAUUGUCAACAAGCUACUAACGGCCUUAAACGAAUGCAACGAGUGGGGACAAAUCUUCAUCCUAGAUGCCAUCGCGGAGUACACGCCAGCCGAUGAACGCGAGGCAAAGGGGAUUAUUGAGCGUGUGAUGCCCCGCCUUGCGCAUGCCAACUCAGCCGUGGUCCUCUCUGCGGUGAAAGUUAUUAUACGCACACUGGGUUUGAUUACUCCCGACUCCGACAUGGCAGUCACCACUACCAAGAAACUUGCGCCCCCGCUCGUAACGCUGUUGUCGGCUGAACCAGAAAUACAGUACGUAGCACUGCGGAAUAUCAACCUUAUUUCACAGAAGAACAAAGACAUUUUGAAACAGGAGAUCAAGGCCUUCUUCGUCAAGUAUAACGAUCCAAUAUACGUGAAAUUGGAGAAAUUAGACAUCAUGAUCCGUCUUACAAACCAGGCCAACAUAGCCCAGGUGCUCUCCGAGCUGAAGGAGUACGCCAAGGAGGUGGAUGUGGAUUUUGUCCGCAAGGCCGUCCGCGCUAUUGGUCGGUGUGCCAUCAAAGUGGAGGCCUCCGCUGAACGCUGUGUUAGCACUCUUGUGGAACUGAUAAACACCAAAGUCAACUAUGUUGUGCAAGAGGCUAUUGUUGUCAUCAAGGACAUCUUCCGCAAGUAUCCGAACAAGUACGAGAGUAUAAUCGCCAAUUUGUGCGAGAAUCUGGACACGCUGGACGAGCCCGAAGCCCGUGCUUCAAUGAUUUGGAUAAUUGGCGAGUACGCUGAACGCAUUGACAAUGCGGACGAACUUUUACAGUCCUUCUUAGACGGAUUUCUUGAUGAGAACACUCAGGUUCAACUGCAACUACUAACCGCCAUCGUGAAGCUCUUCUUGAAGCGACCUUCCGACACCCAGGAACUGGUUCAAAACGUACUGGGACUGGCAACACAGGAAUCGGACAAUCCAGACCUACGUGAUCGUGGUUAUAUCUACUGGCGCCUCCUUUCCACCGAUCCAGCAGCCGCCAAGGAGGUCGUUCUCGCUGAGAAGCCCCUAAUUUCUGAAGAGACUGACCUCCUUGAGCCCUCUCUUUUGGACGAACUCAUCUGUAAUCUGGGCAACCUGGCCAGCGUCUACCAUCAACCACCUAGCUCCUUUGUCGAGGGCCGUCACAUCUCACGGAAACAGCUUGCUUCCAAAUCGCCCGAGGCCCCCGGCGAAGAAGUACCGGGAGCUGCAGGCCAGGCACAAACGACCGCGGCGGCAGCUCCCACUGUCAUUCCGACUCAGGAGACGUUAAUUGGCGAUCUGUUGGACAUUGAUUUGACUCCCAACACCUCGGCGGUCAACUACGGUGCCGGCCUUCACUACGCUCCCGGCAUCGGAAUCGACAGUAACCAGCCAGACCUUCUCGGUGAUGGCCUCGACGACCUCCUCCCCGGUGCCACCCUGCAUUCGGCUCCUGUCCAGGGUAAGUAG